GCGGCCCCGCCCCCCGCCCGCCGGGGCUGCGGGGCUCGUGUUCGGCGGCGGGGACAGUCAAAGUGGCUCCCAUAGGGAGAGACGGCGAGUCCGCCCCGGCGCUGCGGGAGAGGGAGGGGGCACUGGGAGCCCCAGGGUCUCCCUCCGGCCGUCCGUCCGCGCCGCCGCCGCGGGUGCGCCCCUCUCGCUCCCUUCCCGGCGUGCGCCCGGCUCCGGCAACUCGCUUCCUGCGCGGCUGAAGGAGGGAGGAGAGAGCGCUUCGGCUGGGAGAGGAGAGAAGAAAGAGGGAGAAAAGAAAGAAAGAAAGGAGAGAGGGGGAAAAGGGGGGGGGGGGGAACUUGCCUCUCUUGUCACUGGAAAAUGACACUUGAUGUAGCAGAGCCUGCCGCAGCUCCCGUUCGUCCUAUUGUUUCUUAAACUGCCAUCUGAGAUUUUUUUCUUUUUUUUCUUUUUUUUUUUUUUUUUUUUUCCUGCUGCCAUCCGAGGGGUGUCUUCAUACAAAAGGGACUUCAAGUACUCCUCCGGCUUGCGAGCGCUGCAACCAGCCCCCAGCACCCCGCCAGCCCCUCCAAGCACCCAAACAAACUGCACACGCAGCAAACAGCAGCAACAAAACCGGGCUCUGAUUGCCUCUGGAUUUUUUUUUUUUUUUUUUUAAUGUGCGUGCCUGUGUUUGCUUUCUCUGACUUGCUUUGAUUCCAGACAUCAGCUGCAGAAAGAGAAAAAAAGAGAGAAAGAGAGAAAAACCCCAUAUAUAACAGUCCGCCUGGCGAUUUCAUCACUACUUUUUUUUUUUUUUUUUGAGUAAAGAAGGAAGAUUUGCGCUGUUGUUUCUGAUUCAUGUUUGGGAUUCAGGAAAGCAUCCAGCGGAGUGGGAGCAGCAUGAAGGAAGAGCCCCUCGGCGCGGGGAUGAACGCGGUGCGGACGUGGAUGCAGGGAGCCGGCGUCCUGGACGCCAGCACGGCCGCUCAGAGCGGAGUGGGUCUGGCCCGGGCUCACUUCGAGAAGCAGCCUCCCUCCAACCUGAGGAAGUCCAACUUUUUCCACUUCGUCCUGGCUCUGUACGACCGGCAGGGGCAGCCCGUGGAGAUCGAGCGCACCGCCUUCGUGGGCUUCGUGGAGAAGGAGAAGGAAGCCAACAGCGAAAAGACCAACAACGGGAUCCACUACCGCCUGCAGCUGCUCUACAGCAAUGGGAUCAGGACGGAGCAGGAUUUCUACGUCCGACUGAUCGACUCGAUGACCAAGCAGGCGAUAGUAUAUGAAGGCCAAGACAAGAACCCAGAAAUGUGCCGAGUUCUGCUCACGCAUGAAAUAAUGUGCAGCCGCUGUUGUGACAAGAAAAGCUGUGGCAACAGAAAUGAGACUCCAUCAGAUCCAGUGAUAAUUGACAGGUUCUUCUUGAAAUUUUUCCUCAAAUGUAACCAAAAUUGCCUAAAAAAUGCAGGAAACCCUCGAGACAUGCGUCGAUUCCAGGUCGUGGUGUCUACAACAGUCAAUGUUGAUGGCCAUGUGUUGGCAGUGUCGGACAAUAUGUUUGUACACAACAAUUCCAAGCACGGGCGGAGAGCUCGAAGACUUGAUCCCUCGGAAGGUACGCCUUCUUAUCUGGAACAUGCAGCUACACCAUGUAUCAAAGCCAUCAGUCCAAGUGAAGGAUGGACUACAGGAGGUGCCACUGUCAUCAUCAUAGGAGACAAUUUCUUUGAUGGGUUACAGGUCAUAUUCGGCACCAUGCUGGUUUGGAGUGAGCUGAUUACUCCUCAUGCUAUCCGUGUACAGACGCCUCCCCGACAUAUCCCAGGGGUUGUAGAAGUCACAUUGUCCUACAAGUCUAAGCAAUUUUGCAAGGGAACGCCUGGAAGAUUCAUUUACACAGCUCUGAACGAACCCACCAUUGACUAUGGUUUCCAAAGGUUACAGAAGGUUAUCCCCCGGCACCCUGGUGACCCUGAACGCUUGCCAAAGGAAGUAAUACUUAAGAGGGCUGCUGAUUUAGUAGAAGCACUCUAUGGUAUGCCACAUAAUAACCAGGAAAUAAUCCUGAAAAGAGCAGCAGACAUCGCAGAAGCACUCUACAGUGUCCCCCGCAAUCACAACCAGCUCCCCGCCCUUGCUAACACGUCAGUCCAUGCAGGAAUGAUGGGAGUGAAUUCUUUUAGUGGUCAACUAGCUGUCAAUGUUUCCGAAGCCUCACAAGCCACCAACCAGGGUUUUACUCGCAACUCAAGCAGCGUGUCGCCUCAUGGCUAUGUGCCAAGCACCACCCCUCAGCAGACAAAUUAUAAUUCUGUCACAACAAGCAUGAAUGGCUAUGGGAAUGCUGGAAUGUCGAAUUUAGGCGGUUCUCCAACCUUCCUGAAUGGAUCUGCUGCCAAUUCUCCCUAUGCCAUUGUGCCAUCAAGUCCAACAAUGGCCUCGUCCACUAGCCUCCCCUCAAACUGUAGCAGUUCCUCUGGGAUUUUCUCCUUCUCACCAGCCAACAUGGUCUCAGCCGUGAAACAGAAGAGUGCUUUUGCGCCUGUUGUGAGACCGCAAACUUCUCCUCCUCCCACCUGCACCAGCACCAAUGGCAAUAGCCUGCAAGACCAGUCUUUUGUGGACUCUAGCAAGUACUCCACUGCAGGGUCUCUCCAGGGGCUGGCCUUCUCCUGAACUAUAUCUGGCAUGAUUGUUCCCCCCAUGUGAAAGAAUUGCCUUGAAGAAUUUUAUUAAUGAAGAGGUUGAAUUCUGCUUCAGAGAGAAUCUGAUACAAGUCCCAGAGUGGAACUUUUUACUCAGGCCUUUUUAAAAAUAAAAAAGAAAUAAAGAAGGAUCUUACAAUAACUGCGGAUUUUUAAACAAAACAAAAAUCACCAUCCUUGCAAAUACUGAAAUUAACAAUCUACAAUUGCAAGGUGUUGAUUCAAGUUGUCCAUCCCAAAUACCUGGGAGAUAUAUUUAUUGUAUGUUGAUUAAAAAAAUCCACCUUUUUUUUUUUUUUUUUUUGUGGGGGAGCGGGGUCUUGCUUUUAUUUCCUUCUGUUUUUUAUGUUUUUUUAAGGCUUGAUUUAACUCAACACCAUUUGUCUUUUAUAAAUCAUACAAUUACACAAGGGACACUAGAAAUGGAACUCCACAUUUUUAAUUUAUGGUAUUUUUUUUAAAAAGCUAUGUAAAGAAAAAUGAAGUGGUGUCAUUUACAUACAAGUCUGUAUGGGACAGAAUAGAAGUGCCAGUUAGUUUUUCGUAGAAGAAUUAUGGCCAUUUAAUUAAGGGUCGGCUCAUAUAGGUUGCUUAUCCAGUGGUGACUUGCUAAUAUGAUGCAUUUUUAAUGUACUAAUUAAAUAGAUAUAACUCCCUAGAAAGCUGGUAUUUUUGGAUGACGAGGGUGGGAAGAGGGGUGGGAUUAGUAGCCUCUGUCUUUAAUAUCAGGCUAAGUAAUUCUGUAAAUAACGCAACAAGAAAAGUUGGUGAAAGGGAAGGUAAGGAUGCGAGUAACAAACACGUUUCCUCUUGAACUGAAAAUCCAGUGCCUCUAGGUACACUGCUACAACUGCAGAACUGGACGAGCGUGGCUUUCUAGCUUGUAUAUCAGCAUCUUUCCAAAUGAGUGGCCUUCUUGAAGCUCAGUGUCACCUGAGCUGUGCAUAAAAUGCCACUUGGGUUUUGCAUAGCCACCAAAUGACACGGGCUGCGGCCACCACUGUGGGGUGUUUUCAGCGCAGCCCCUCUCCCCUCGACCUACUCAGUCUUAACAGGGCAGACUGAGAACAGGCUGGUCCACGGUUCUGCACCCUCACAAGCUAAAAGCACAUGUUUUUGUCAGCCUCCCACUAGGAUUGCUCCUGUAUCAGUCGACCCCCUCAGUUUGUAUCAUAAUAUAUUAAGCAACAGGUAACUGCUUUUGAAUAGUAAAUGGAAACCUGAGUUGGGGGGGGGGGGGGGGGGGGGCUGUUAGGAAGGUUUCAAAUCAAAACCAUAGCUUCUGUUUUACAAAAAUUUUGCUAUCAUUAUCUGGGAAGUGUUCUUAAAAACUAUUAGUCAAAAAGGCAGCAAAGCUCUGAAGAUGCAUUACCUGAUAUUUUUUCUUUGCUGUUGUGUUUUGUAUGUAGUUAUAAAUACUGUAGAUUUUUUGUGAUUUUUUGCCAAAGUUGUUGUUCUAUUUAUACAUUUUAAUGUCUUAAGACAGUUUUUCAAUAUCACAAAAAAAGAAUUUUACUGCAUAUUUUGCAAAAAGAGCUCACUACCUUUAGCUUGCACAUACUUGCAAAAUUAAUUAAAGAAAAAAAAGCUUUUUGUUUCUGUUUUUUGUUUGUUUGUUUUAAAGGGGAUUUUGUAAAAUAUCCAUAUAAAUAAUGUAUUUAUCUUUGGAAUUUGUACAUUGCUUUUUGUCCCCUACAAGUUUAUUUUAUUGUGUAUGUUUGCUAUGUGAAAAGUGCUGAUUUGUUUGGUCAUUCACCGUUGUAUUAGCUGUUUAAAUGUGAUUUUAAAACAUUUCAUUUAUAGUUUGUUUGGGUUUUUUUUAGUAUUGUUUAAAACCAUGCUUCCAUUUUUUUUAAUUUCCACCCAAAAGCCAUUGUCUAUUUUUGUAUUAUUUGUAAGUUAAGAAGUUUUUUCCAAUAUAUGGCAAAAAGUAGCAUAUUAUUCUUGUAGCAUUUAGUUAUGUAGAUUUUAAAAAAAAAAUGUAUCCUUUGCUUUUGAGGCUUAACAAAAACUAAUGCUGUUUUACUCUAUUAAUAUGCAUGGGAUUUCUCCUCUUUGGAGUGACGCAUUUUUGUGCAUUAAAUAUGGGGAGAAACUUCAUAGAACUCAAUGAAAAUACUUUCUUUCUUAAGUCUGCUUGUAUAUUUCUCUGUCUUUCACAUAAAUAUAAACCAGCAGAUUGGAUGCCUUAACAAUGCAAAUCAUAUUCAUUUCACUUGUACAUUGUACUGUGCACCAGAACUGUCAAUCAUCACUAACAUUCUAAGAAAAAAAAAAAAAAAAGGAAUUGAAAAGCACAAAAGAACUGUUUUGUUACCUUAAAACAAUAUAACUUUUUUCUAGUCGAGCAAGAAAUCAUUUACAACGAUGCUGCAACUGUGCAUGCUUCCUGUAUGAAUUUUGCAAUGGUUUUCACUAGAAUGUCACAAUGUGAUCUCUGGGGGGAAGGGAAGAAAACAGGAUUUUUUUUUUUCAUGGUGAGAAAAUAAAAGGAGAGAAAACUGGAAAAUGUGAGAGACGUCAGUUAAUUGCUUCUCUGUAUUCCAAGCGAUUAUUCUAAUUCACAUAGUAAGCAACAGCACGACACUGUAAUCAAAUUUAAAGCCAUAUUUUGUCCAGUGACACCAUCAAUUACCCCUGUAGAGCUCCACUCAAAAUCAUAGUAAUUUUGACACCAGUUUUAGCCAUCGAUGUUUGUAGUCUUCUACGCCAGUGUCCAAAGAUCCUUUGACAAUGUGCAUAGUUUUGUUUUGUUGCAGCUAUUUAUAGUGAUCUGAUGAAUGGGAAUUUAUAAAAAUCUCCCCUGUGCCACCCUUAUCUUUUACAAAGUAAAAGAUACAGCUGUUUACAGAAUAUGGCUUUAAGUGGAAACAUUCAGAUUUCAGUUUUAACAAGGUGAAGCUUCACAAUGACUGGAUUGCAUAAAGUAUGCCUAUUUCCUCACAGUUGUACUAGGAUGCAGCUAAAAUGAAGUCAUCUCUGAAACUACUAACCUUUCACCUUCUUAUCUAAAUCUUUUUGAAUAGACACACACACUGUACAGUUCUAUUGUUAGAGAAACUAACUACUGUAGAGAUUGUUAUAAUUUUUUUGCAGAAAUUCAAGCUGUAAAAACUUUUCAACUUUCACAAUAUUUAAUUAAAGUUACUUCCUGUCUGUGAAUACA